AUGUCUUCGACGACGACGAAUCCGGAACUUCCGACGCCGCCGAAGACGCGUGCGAAUCCACUGGACUUUAGGAAUACGGAGCUGGUGUCACGGUUGUUGGCAGCGACUCCACCGUAUCUGUACAAUAUGCCGAUGGUGCCUAACAGUUACUUCUUCAGCGAGAUGUUGAGGUCCUUCGUGCAGGCGAAAACGGAGCGAAACAACGCGAUUCCCACCAACGCACCGAGAAGACCGAGGAAAAGGUCAUGGACGCAGACGAGGUCCGAAUACUAUCAGAAGGAUGAGAAGCAUCAUCUGCAGCAGCAGCAGCAACAUCAUCAUCACCAGCAACAGCAACAACACGAGAUGCCCAAUUGGAAGCCGCCGCAUCCACCAGAGAAACCUAUGUACUUUGAUAACAAAAGGACGGAGAUUCCGUUGGAGUUGACGAUGGACGUUCAAGGUAAACCGAAAUCGCCGGAAGCUCAAAAGAUGCCGCCACCGCCGCCCGCUUCAAUCGUCUUCCCGCAGGAGACGUCCAAUCCCAAUAAUCUCAUAUUACCGCCGCCGCCUCCGAUCUGGUAUCCUCCUUUGUAUCCGGCGCCGUACGGCAUCGAUCCUCUUCACUUCUUCAUAGACCUCCGGGUCUCCGGGCACAUCUACGACCGCAAGAACGAGAAGGAUCAGAGCCCGCAGCAAACGCACGAGGCGACCCCCCAACCUCACCAUCAACCACCGCCGCCGCCUCCGCAACAGCCGCCUACUCUUCCGACGCACCAUCAACCGCAACCGGAAACGACGCCAUUCGCUUUCAAACAAUCGCGACACGCUUCCGCCUUCAGCGUUCCCGUCCCAUCGAAAUCGUCGCCGAUAAAUCUGAGUUCACGCGAAGAGAAUAAACCGUUAAAGUUCGACGUGAAAUCGAUGGGGUUCGAGAAAUGUUCCAACAAGACGAGCACCAACUACGUGAUGAGUAACGUUUCGCGCAUCUACCGCGAAUUGGGAGAGGAUCAAAUGCGAACAACGUACAAGAAGGAGGAAACGGAGGAAGUCGUGGAGGAAACCGAGGAGGAAAGACGUAAAAGGGUGAAAGAUCUGAGAGCUCUCAUAGGACUGGAACUCGUCGUCGAUUACAUGAAUCACGGUAAACCGGGACAACCGCCUUCGACGACGACCACAACUACCGCAGAUGAAAGCACCUCCGACAACGAAUCGGCCGCAAGUUCAGCACUGGAAGUGGUGACCGUACAGGAGGAGAUCAUCAACGUUUAAUCAAAAAUAUGUUCAUGUUUGCGCAACGCAGCAAUACAAAAGUUAAUGAAACAUACAACAAAAAGGAACUAGUC